GCAAGCGCAAGCAGCUGGGUGCUACGUCACAAUAUGGCCGCCCUGUUAUGGGAAGAAGAAACAACAUCCUUGUGUUCUGUUGAACUUUUUCCGGUCUACAUUGUUUCUCCUGGAUGCUUUGAAACGCUUCCCGAAUUUUUGGAAUAGUUCCAAUCAUGAGUGAAUUAACCCCCGACGAGAUGCGUAGGAGGCGACUAGCCCGACUGGACAGAAGUCCCCUUGCGAGCGCAGCAACAACGGCGCCUGCCGGUGAAGAAAAGCCCAGUCAGCCUGGGCCAUCAGCCAGCCAAGGGGAUGAGGAUAAGAGACUAGGGGUGCCAGAGCUGGCCCCCAAGGUACCCAGUGAGGUACCCAAAGAGGCACCUAGUGAGGCGCCCAGUGAGGUACCGGUAUCACAAAAGGCUGCGGUUACCGUGGAGGCUUCAAGCCAGGGCGGGAUGGAUACAGAUGAUUCACAGAGCACCCCAAGUCAGCCAUCGGAAACUAUGGAGAGCGCCCCCAGUGUCCACGACAGCUUAGACUCCGGCUUCCCAGCCAGCAUGGAAAUGGACUCGGAAACAUGUGACCAAGGGAGUCUGUCCCAGAUGGACGUAGACUCGGGAAUCGAGAAUCCGGAACUGGAAGAGACAGUUAAGAAAGGCAAGAAACCAUCUGCCGAAAAGAAAUGUCUGAGUGAGGCAGAACUGUUGCAGGUUGUGUCCCGUGUAUUCCACGUUUCGUGGAAGGAGCAAGGGAGGGACGUUGUAUAUCUCCCUGGCUUGGCAACAGAAUUUGCUGAAGAGCCCGAACAAGUAUUUUCCAACACAGACGACCUAAUCAACCAGGUCCUGAUGGAGGUUCUGACCCAGCACGCCUGCACCGGUAACCCCUUCGCUAACCUGUCCGCUACCACACCGCCGGCAGUGUCCACGGCCGGGGGCCAUUCACCACAGAGUUCAUCGCAGCAGACAUCCACAUCGCCCAGCAGUGCCGGGGACCAGUGUAGCGGGCAACCAGCCAAUCCUGAGCCGGAGAUGCUGUCCUACCUUCUGCAGUGCUACCAGCGCAUUAGGAACGAGGAACGCACUGCCCCCAAGCGCUACAGUCAACCGCCCUUCAGCAACCUAGCAUCAACAGCCAGAUUACAGUGUGUGCACCACGCUGGGCUAGUCCUACAAGGAGCCUUCACACAAACAGGGUCACAGACUUCAUUAUUAGUCCCCCAGCUUCUGAGCCAUUCUCUCCCACGAGGAUUCCUUCAGGAGCUGGCCACAGCUGCCAGGGAGGAUGAUUCCAGCUUCCGUCAAAUAUUCACUCCGCUAAUCAUUGGGCUUGUGCAAGAUAUCCAGCGAUGCUCCUUGGACGGUGAUAGCUACAAGGGUCCGUUGUCUGCCAUGAAUGAGCUGUGCAAAAUAAAAAUAGGAAACUCCCGACCAAUAUGCAAAUUAUUGAGCUCACUACCGCAAUGGCUACCAGAUUCCAUCACGGGGGCGGUCGGUCGAGAAGUGGAGAAACUAUCGCUGCUGGGGGCAUUCCUGUCUCUGUCUGUCUUUGCUGAAGAUAACACAAAAGUGGUUGAAAAGUAUUUCUCAGGGCCCAUGUUGACGCAGGAUAACGUACGAAUCCUUAACGACAGCUUGCAGCACCAUCUACACUUUGUCAGAAAUGAACUACAUGAGAUCAUCCACAGCAUCUUAGUCAACAGCGAGAGCAGGGAAGCCAUGGUCACGUACUUUGCAACGGUCAUCCAACGGAAUCAGAAACGAGCCCAGAUGCAGGUUGAUGAGAGUCUAGUAGCCGGCGAUGGGUUCAUGCUGAAUCUGCUGGUGGUGCUACAGAAACUGAGUAUGAAAAUAAGACUAGACAAGGUCGAUGUGAUGUAUCCACACCAUCCCAAGUCUCUCAUUGACAUCUCCCAGGACACCCGACUAAAAGCCACAUCGCAGGAAGCGACCGAGUGGGUUGAAGAAUGCAAUAAGCAACCUUCCAUCUGGCUGGAGCCCAAGUUCCCGACCCAGUGUUACUUCCUGACCCUGCACUGCCAGCACCUGGCCCUCAUGCCAGCGUGCCGUCACUACACCCGGCGCAUCCGGGGCAUGCGGGAGCUGGCUCGCAUGGUGGAGGAGUUGCAGACCUCGGAGGAACUGUGGAAAGGAACGCCCAACGAGAGACGGAACCGCCAGCUGCUGGACAAAUGGAAGUCCCAGAUCAAGAAACUGGACAAAGCCAAGCUGUGUGGCGAUGCUGGUCUUCUGGACGAGACACUUCUCAGAAACUGCUUCCAAUUCUACGGCACUGUCAUGUCCCUGCUACUCAAGCUACUCACGCCCAAGGACCAAGAGAUAAUCAGUCUACCUCUGCCCAAGGAAGUGCCCAUGGAGUUUGCCACGUUACCCGAACACUACAUCGAAGACAUUGCCGAAUUCAUUCUAUUCACCGUACAACACUGCCCUCAGGCUCUUGAAGACACCGCCCAGCAGGACAUGGUGCUAUUCAUUGUGGUCAUCGCCUGCUCAGCUCACUGCAUCCGCAAUCCCUACCUGGUGGCCAAGAUGGUCGAGGUAAUAUUCGUCUUGAGUCCAGUGGUCCAGGCAAGAACGGCCAAGAUCUACGAGGCCAUUCAGAAUCAUCCGCUGGCCCAGAAUCACUUGGUGCCCGCACUCAUGACAUUCUACACUGAUGUUGAACAGACAGGAGCCAGCAGCGAGUUUUAUGACAAAUUCAGCAUCCGCUACCACAUAAGUAUCAUCUUCAAGUCGCUAUGGAGACUGCCUAUGCAUCGCAACGCCAUGAUCACAUUCAGCGAGUCCCAGACUGAGUUUGUACGUUUCAUCAACAUGCUGAUGAACGACACCACCUUCCUGCUGGACGAGAGCCUGGCUUGCCUCAAGAGAAUCCACGAAGUCCAGGAGGCCAUGAAGAACAAAGAGGCUUGGAACGCACUGGACCAGGAGGAAAGACAGGGUAAAGCCCGCCAGUUGUCUACGGAUGAGAAGCAGUGUCGCUCCUAUCUGACACUCGCCAACGAGACACUAGAAAUGUUCAAUUACCUCACGAAAGAGAUCAAAAAACCAUUCCUCAGACCGGAGCUGUGCGAUCGUCUAGCCGCCAUGCUCAACUUCAACCUGCAGCAGCUGUGCGGCCCCAAAUGCAGCGACUUGAAGGUGGAGAACCGGGAGAAGUACGGCUUCCAGCCCCGACGGAUGCUAGACCAACUAGCUACCAUCUACCUGCAUCUAGACAGCGAGGAGCUGGCUAUCGCACUAGCAGAUGAUGAGCGAUCCUUUCGGCCUGGUCUGGUGAGCGACGCCCUGAACAUCUUAUCCCGGCUCAAGACCCAGUCCGAGAUUCAUCAGUUCUCCCGUCUGAUGGAACGAGCCCAGGAGAUCACCUCCCGCAACCAGCAGAUGGAGCUGGACUAUGACGACGCGCCGGAUGAGUUCAAAGACCCUCUGAUGAACACCAUCAUGUACGACCCCGUCAUCCUGCCCUCGGGACACAUCAUGGAGAGGAAGAUCAUUGAGCGCCAUCUGCUCAACUCUCAGACCGAUCCCUUCAAUCGACAGGAACUCACUAGUGACAUGCUGGAACCAGCAACGGAUCUCAAGAAAAGAAUCGUGGAUUGGAUCCAAGCCAAGAAGACCAAAUUGUGACAAGAUUCACCAGUUCACACCCCAUUCCUUCAAAAAAACCUCCAGUCUUAGUCGUCAAACCUUUUAAGUUUCCAACAACCAUUCUUUCAGAAGUUUCUUCCAAAACAUGCUUUGUGUAUUUCUCAGUCUCAGAAUUAUGCGCUUUAUUUAGGAGUUUUGGAACGAAGGAGAAACUAACAAGUUUGGAUGUCAAAACUAUAUUCAAAGUGGCUUGGGAACAGUUGAAGGGUACCAGCCGUACUCUCGUCCAAUAGGAGCCCCUGAACCCAUUUCCAAUAUAAAACAGGCCACUUGGAGUUAGAGUAUUUUUCUAAGAUGCUUGACAGCCGGUACCUUUUGGGGAGCACAACUUUUGGAGUUUUCGAGGAAUAAAAAACUGAGGGAAAUGUGCGAUGUGAUGUUUGGUCCAUUAUAGACGUCCUGGAGAUUUCUCGCAAACUUUUGAAAUCCGCUUCAUGAAUUAGGAUUUUUAACAAUUCUGGAUACUGAAAGAAUGUACUUUAUUUAAUGGACUUUUAAAAGGCCAGUCAGACAUUUGAGUAAUUUAUGAUUUUGAUCGCCAUUGUUUAAUAAUCAGACCAUAGGCUGCGACUGAAAAAUGGGUAUCUUUUUCAAAAUUGACAGAUGGGAGGGGGGGGGGAGUUGAAGGGUUUACAUGUAUUUGUUUAAAAGAAGAAAGUGUUUGACAAAAUCUGUUGGCUAGAUACGGUUCAAACUUUUUUCUUGUUUGUAUUGAACACACAUCAGAUUACUUCCACUGUGAUAUUUUUAAGUGUGGGGGACACCACCAGUGUGAAAGAAUGAGCUUUGUCCACUCAGUGACUCCCCACAAGAACACGUAAGGAAUAAGAGGAAACUUUUUCGGUUGUUGAGAGCACAAGGUACUUAAAGCAGUGUUUUUAUAUGUAGUUGAAUCCAUCACGUCAUCACAAGACCUCGCAUGUCAAUCACAAGUCAUCUUGUCCCAAGUCAAGUCACAAGCUAAUUCAAACGAAACGUGACAAAGGCGUGGGAUCAUUUACUUCUCAUGGAAUUUUUGUUUGUUUCCAAUAAUAACACCACUCCAAAUCCACAGAGGAGUAUUUAAAACUUAACCUGUUGAAGGUCUCAGCUCAGUUGAUAUUACACUCUUCAAGAAAGCUGUGAAAACUACGCACAACCUUUUGAUCACGAAUUAAAAAUCAAUCCAGUGAUUGUUAGAAAACACCUACAUUUCUGAAUUUCUUCUAAAUGACUGCAAGCCAGACAGAAUAAUUUCAUGGGCAGUUUGGUACCAGUAUGAUAUUUAAUAAUAAUUUGGUAGUUUACUUGUUUGGUUAAAUGCAACUGAUUUAUAUGCCUUAAUCUUCAAGCAUAGUUGAAUUCUCAAUCCUGAUUGGUCGAUCCAUGGCAACACCAGUGUGAUGUAGUUAAUAUCACGGUCCAUAUCGCAGUCCCCGAAUCACACUAUUCCAAGAUGCGAGCGCCAUUCCCGCUUGACGCCUGUGUAACAGGAUAACCGCUGAAAAGUUUGUGUAAGCAUGUGUGUUUCAUCUUGAAUGCGUAUCAAGUUCGCUUGAAGAUAAGUUCGUUAUCCCACUUGCGCUCGUGGAACAUGGAAAAUGUAGUGCGUACCACAUACCACUCGGCCUUUGGAAACGUGGCAUGUGGGACACAGACACACUACAUUAUUCCAUGUUCCACUCGUGCUCGUGGGAUAACUAAUAAUGUUUGUCCACUGUAACUUGUAAAGAGACUUGGGAAAGGACUUGCGAUUUACUUGUGAUUGGACUUGUGACUGAACUUGUGAUGGACUCAACAAGAACACUGACUUAAAGCAGUUAUACAGGGUCCUUUAUCUCGUGUGUGCAUCCAGAAUUUGGGAAACUUACAAACAACCAUUUUUUUGAUGAGUUUGUCGACAUUUCGUAAAUGUGGCGUCUUCAUUUGUUGGAAUAUUUCAAGUCAAGUUUCACUUUAACUCUUUACUUUUUGUACUCCUAGCCCACAUAUAACAGAAUACAAAGUGCAAUGACAAUUGUGCCAACACAUUUUUUUGUACACGAACUUGUUGUUUAAUUCAAACUUUGCUUCAUAAACAUGCUGUUUUGUCGCUUUCACUUGAAAUGCAUUUAAAUUAUCACUCCUUUAACGCAAGCACAAAGAACACUGCUCAACACGCCAGUUCCCUUAAUUUGUGUUGUACUUGGGUGUAUUUUGUAUAAACAGCACUCAAAACAAAAAGACAUGCAUCCCUUUAAAGAUUAUUUGUUUCAAAAUCCCACAUAUCUAAUACAUGCACCUCCUUUUUCUACAUAUCUAUUCUACAUAUUUUCCCAUUCCUUGUGUUUCAUGAUUGACUUCGUAUUCAGACUUCCUGGCCAUGGGUUUCUCGCUCUGAAAACUGACUACCAAAACAGUUACAUGUAUUUAAAUUAUUGAAUUUUUGAAGAUAUUUGUGAGAACAAAGGCAUUUUAGAGAAAGGAAUGUCUCUUUUGUACUCUAGUAGUUGUUGAAGAGGAUCCGUUGUAUGCAAAUUAAUGUCAAUAUUAAAAGAGUGGACAGUGAAAAACAAA